AUGGAUAACUUUUUGGGAUCUUCUUUGGAAAAGACCAAAGGCAUUUCGCCUAGAUCAGGGUCAUCCAGCAGCAACUACCCGUCCGUUGCAGGCAAUACACAAUCCCCGGCAUACCUCUCUUCUUCGGAUGCAUUUUUUAUUCCUUUAGAGUUAAGCUCCAUGACAAUCGAAAGACUCAUACCAAUUCUCGAUGAGUUCAACUUGUGUGAAAAGACUCUCUUGCAUUUGAAAGAUGCAUCAUCUAGCAAAUCUGUGGCAUGUGUAUUAAUAUCAGUAUACAAGAAGUUGGACCCAUUGCAGAUUACCAACCACGAAUUUGGUCGAAUUUGUGGCGUUCUUGCCUUGUUUCAGAUGAUGGCUUCUCAUCCAGAAGUGAAAAUGGGACUCAUUAGAGCUAACAUACCAUAUUAUUUAUACCCAUUUCUUCAAGCAAAAGCUGAUGACAAAGCUCUUGCUCAGAUAAGGCUCAGUAGCUUGGCUGUCCUCUGCGCCUUUGUGAUGUGUGAAGAUCCUGUGCAAGCCCAAAGUGUUGUUCACUUUCUGCUUGAAUCCGAAGCAUUUCCAUUGUGCCUGAGCUGGAUGGAUAAGGGAACUGGACGUACCCAGGAGCUUGCAACCCUUAUAGUUGCAAAAAUUUUGAUGCAAGAGAAGGGGCUCCAUUAUUGCUCUUCACGUGCUGACCGGCUUUUUGUAACACUUCAAGUUUUGACUGGCAUGGUGGAUCAGCUUGCUAGAAGUCCUAGUGCAAGCAUGUUGCACAAGGUUGUUUACUGUCUCGUUAGAUUGUCUGCAGCAGCAAGAUCAGACGAGCUUACUGAAUCAAUGAGGUCUACCAUCACUGCAAAGCUAAGAGAUGAUAGUUUCCGUGAAAUCUAUCAGGAUAUGCCAAAUGUUGUUAGUGGUUUGAGGAAGUGUACCAAGGGAAAUCCAGAGAUCUCAAGUCUGGUGCAGCAACUUGCUCGCAACCUGACUCCGGGAUUCAGGCCUAAUCCAUAG